CGCUGAGACCGGUGGAUGUUGCCCCCUUCCCUACGUAGCUCCGCAGGGGCUGCCCCUGAAGUGCCCGCUGCGUUUGUUUCCGCAGAGAAAGUGUUCGCCAGCCUCCCCCAGGUGGAGAGGGGUGUCUCCAAAAUCAUCGGCGGCGACCCUAAGGGCAACAAUUUUCUUUACACCAAUGGAAAGUGCGUCAUCCUCAGGAACAUCGACAACCCAGCCAUUGCUGACAUCUACACGGAGCACGCCCAUCAGGUGGUGGUGGCCAAGUACGCGCCCAGCGGAUUCUACAUCGCCUCCGGAGAUGUGUCUGGGAAGCUGAGGAUCUGGGACACCACGCAAAAGGAGCACCUCCUGAAGUAUGAGUACCAAUCUUUCGCUGGGAAGAUCAAGGACAUCGCAUGGACUGAAGACAGCAAGAGGAUUGCUGUGGUUGGUGAAGGCAGGGAGAAGUUUGGCGCUGUCUUCCUGUGGGACAGUGGCUCUUCUGUGGGUGAGAUCACAGGACACAACAAAGUCAUCAACAGUGUGGACAUCAAACAGACCAGGCCAUAUCGGCUGGCCACGGGCAGUGACGACAAUUGCGCUGCGUUCUUUGAGGGGCCGCCAUUCAAGUUCAAGUUCACUAUUGGGGACCACAGCCGCUUUGUCAACUGUGUGAGGUUCUCUCCUGACGGGAACAGAUUUGCCACAGCCAGCGCUGACGGCCAGAUAUACAUCUACGACGGAAAGACGGGAGAGAAAGUGAGCACCCUGGGAGGAAGCAAGGCUCACGACGGAGGGAUUUAUGCUAUUAGCUGGAGUCCUGAUAGCACCCACUUGCUUUCUGCUUCCGGAGACAAAACUUCUAAGAUCUGGGACGUCAAUGUAAAUUCCGUCGUCAGCACGUUUACCAUGGGCUCCACCGUUCUGGACCAGCAGCUCGGCUGCUUGUGGCAGAAGGACCACCUGCUCAGCAUCUCACUCUCUGGCUACAUCAACUACCUGGACAAGAACAACCCCAGCAAGCCCCUGCGGGUCAUCAAGGGUCACAGUAAGUCAAUCCAGUGUCUGACGGUGCACAAAAACGGUGGCAAGUCCUACAUCUAUUCUGGGAGCCAUGAUGGACACAUCAAUUACUGGGAUUCCGAGACCGGAGAUAACGACUCCUUUGCUGGGAAAGGCCACACAAACCAGGUGUCCAGGAUGACCGUGGACGAGGCUGGGCAGCUCGUCAGCUGCAGCAUGGACGACACUGUGCGGUACACCAAUCUCACACUACGGGACUACAGCGGACAAGGAGUGGUGAAGCUGGACAUUCAACCAAAGUGUGUGGCCGUCGGCCCAGGGGGAUACACUGUGGUCGUGUGCAUCGGACAGAUUGUCCUGCUCAAGGAUCAGAAGAAGUGCUUCAGCAUCGACCCCGACUACGAGCCUGAGGUGGUGGCGGUACACCCUGGGGGUGACAUGGUGGCCGUUGGGGGCGCGGACGGGAAUGUCCACCUCUACUCCAUCCUGGGCUCCACGCUGAAGAACGAGGGCAAGACACUGGAGGCCAAAGGCCCCGUGACAGACCUGGCCUACUCCCAGGAUGGCGCCUUUCUCGCCGUGUGUGAUGCCAGCAAAGUGGUCACAGUCUUCAGCGUGGCCGACGGCUACUCAGAGAACAAUGUUUUCUACGGACACCAUGCGAAGAUCGUCUGCCUGGCUUGGUCCCCGGACAACGAGCACUUUGCCUCUGGUGGCAUGGACAUGAUGGUGUACGUCUGGACCCUGAGUGAUCCCGAGACCAGAGUCAAGAUCCAAGAUGCACACAGGCUACACCACGUCAGCAGCCUGGCCUGGCUGGACGAGCACACGCUGGUCACAACCUCCCACGACGCCUCCGUCAAAGAGUGGACAAUCACCUACUGAGGCCCACCCCCUCGGACCGACCGGAUCAGGGACUAGAACUUCACUGCAGCAGAACGUGUUCUUUCUCUCGAUGUUUCUGUAACACGCCCCACCCCCGCCCCGCCUCAGGGAGGAGGGCCAUAACAAGCGAGAUCCUCGUCUCUACAGGGUGUCCAUAUCUGUACAUGUCCUGAAAGCUUUAGACAGUAACAGUUUGCACAUGAAAAAUAAAAUGAGCGCUUAAACCACGUGUGGAGCAUAACUAAAACCUAACCGCCCAGCAGAGCGUUCAGCGUGUUGAACAUUCCAGAGGCAGCAGCCUCAUGAGACCCCGAGCCUGCGGCUCCUGUUCUGUAACGAGGGAGGAGCACAGAUGAGAGAGCCAUGCCUCCCCACUUUCUACCUGCAGAACGUUGCUGGGCCGAGGAAGAGUGAAUGUUGUUUGUAGUUCCACACACCCGGAAAUCUGUGUUUCUGGGUGUUUUUGUUGCCGUGGUUUUGCCUCCAGAAAGCCUUCUUCCAGUCACACGGGGCACACACAAACCUGGGGUGUAUUUCAUUGUCAGUUUUUGUGCUUGAUUUUAAGAAUGGAAUUGUGGUUUUUGUUUUGUUUUGUUUUUUAACGUGUCUGACUGUUAACGGUCGGUGUUUACAAGCCCGCGUGUUGGCAGCACCGUCUCCAGGUCGUCGGCCGCUGUUAGUGGGACAGAGACGUCUGCAUCCACUCUCACUCAUGCUUUGGUGUUUUCCUGCCGCCUUUCCCCUCUUUUCCCCAAGAGCAAAGAUUAAGGGCCAACUAACUGAUCUGUCAUCGUUUUCACCUUCCUUUUCCUUUUCAGUGCAGAAAUUAAAAGUAAGUAUAAAGCA